AUGGUAGCUGCAAAUCGUGAGCAGGAUGUCCCAUCCAUCGCCAGCACGACAAUCAACGCUAUCUCUGACGACCAUUCAACCCCGGCAGUGAGCGUGCACCUAGAAAAGGGCCUGGAGAUGGGUAGCCAGCCAGACCAGCAGAAUACCACGGAGCUCGUUACUUCUAAACCCCCCCGUGCCAGCCCCCAACCCGGGGAGAAACGUGAAGCUUCAGGCCCGCCAGUCACUCCAGCCCCAGGCCUCCCGCCUGAUGGGGGAUUGCAGGCGUGGAUGACUAUUUUGGGAGCAUUCUGCGGGAUGUUCGUCAGUUUUGGUUGGACUAACUGUAUCGGUGUUUUCCAAGCAUACUAUGAACGCCACCAAUUGAGCCAUCUAUCUCCCAGCACCAUAGCCUGGAUCACCUCCCUCGAAACGUUUGUCAUGUUCUUCGCCGGUCCACUCUUCGGCACCCUUUUCGAUAACUAUGGACCCCGUUGGAUCUUGCUCGCGGGGACAUUCUUCCAUGUUUUCGGCCUCAUGAUGGCCUCUAUCUCCACAGAGUACUACCAAUUUAUCCUUUCUCAGGGUAUAUGCAGCCCUCUUGGCGCGAGUGCCGUGUUCAAUGCCUCGAUCAACUCAGCCAGUGGCUGGUUCGCCAAGCGCCGAGCAUUCGCACUGGGCGUCGCAGCUUCAGGAUCGAGUUUAGGAGGCGUGAUCUUCCCUAUCAUGGUAUCGAAACUGAUUCCACAAGUCGACUUUGGCUGGGCAAUGCGGAUAUGCGCCUUUCUUAUCCUCUUCAUGCUCGGAAUUACCAACCUUACGUUACGAUCCAGGUUGAAGCCGCAGAACAAGGCAUUCGAUAUCAUGGCUUUCGUCCGGCCGCUGCAUGAUCUUAAGUUCGUCCUAACUGCUGCUGCAGCCUUUUGCUUCUUCUGGGGCAUGUUCUUGCCCUUUACGUUCGUGAUCAGCUCUGGGGAACGUUAUGGGAUGUCACAGAACAUGUCUUCAUAUCUUCUUCCCAUCUUGAACGCAGCUAGUAUCUUCGGCCGUACUCUUCCCGGCUACAUCGCAGACCGCAUAGGCCGAUACAACGUAAUGAUCAUCUUCAGCUAUUUCUCUGCAAUCCUCGUUCUAGCCCUCUGGCUCCCAUCCCGCGGGAACACACCCAUAAUUAUCUUCAGCGCACUGUAUGGCUUUGGCUCCGGAGCCUUCGUCUCGCUUAUCCCGGCCCUAAUUGCUCAAAUCUCCGACCUCCAUGAAGUUGGCGCGCGCAACGGAACGUGUUUCUCGAUUAUCUCUAUAGCAGCGCUGACAGGCUCCCCCAUUGGCGGUGCCUUAGUCCCCGAUAUGCUGCAUGGUUCAUAUACCAGAUUGCAGGUGUUCUGCGGUGUGGUCAUGAUGGCCGGCGCGACGCUGUUUGUUGCCGCGCGGAUUGUUGUUGGGGGUAUGAAUUUGAAGAAAGUGUAA